GGGCAGCAGGAGUUCAGUGUUUCCUCUUCAGCAUCAUUAAAGAAAACCUCCAAAGAAGAAUCUCCCUGUGUCCAGGCGGUGUCCAUUUUAUUUACACAAAAACACGCUUAAAACGAGACUAUUGCAUUCUCCAGGUGGAUCAAAUAAUAAACACAGGUCACAGACAUGAGCAGCUCGGAAGAAGUGUCGUGGAUUUCUUGGUUUUGUGGACUCAGAGGGAAUGAGUUUUUCUGCGAGGUGGAUGAAGACUAUAUUCAGGAUAAAUUUAACCUGACGGGCCUCAACGAGCAGGUCCCUCACUAUCGACAGGCUCUGGACAUGAUCCUGGACCUUGAACCAGAUGAGGAGCUGGAGGACAAUCCAAACCAGAGUGAUCUUAUUGAGCAGGCAGCAGAGAUGUUGUAUGGUUUGAUUCACGCCCGGUACAUCCUCACAAACCGAGGCAUCGCCCAAAUGCUGGAGAAGUAUCAACAGGGUGACUUCGGCUACUGCCCCAGAGUUUACUGUGAGAAUCAGCCUAUGCUCCCCAUCGGGCUGUCAGACAUUCCAGGGGAGGCCAUGGUGAAGCUGUAUUGCCCAAAGUGCAUGGACGUUUAUACCCCAAAGUCAUCCCGGCACCACCACACGGACGGGGCGUACUUUGGCACCGGCUUCCCUCACAUGUUGUUUAUGGUGCACCCAGAGUACAGACCCAAGAGACCCGCCAACCAGUUUGUGCCACGGCUGUACGGCUUUAAGAUCCACCCCAUGGCCUAUCAGCUGCAGCUCCAGGCCGCGUCCAGCUUCAAGAGUCCGGUCAAGGCCAUUCGCUAGAUGUCCUCACAUCACCUGAGGGUGCUCACACACCCUCAGCUUCAAUCCCACAAGAAGACUGUAUUAUUUCUGUUUUUAGACUUAGGGCAAACAAGUGUGAACCAGACAUUUGAUGGACAGGAAUUAUUUAAACAUCACGCACAAGAACAGUUGAACACAACAGGUAUUUCCGUAGACACAACACACAAACACAAGGGUGAUGAGUGGCUCAAGAUGUGAGGCAAAUAUGAAAUGUUAUUAUUUGUACGACACAGGCAGUGGAUGAUUCUUGUGCUUUGGUUUGAGAAUUUCAAAAGGGCAAUUUGUAACAAUGACAACAAAUAUUUAAAAUCAGAAGUUAAAAUGGCACUGUGAAUUUUUCUGACCAAGGGUAUGAAUUCUAUUAGUGCUAUGCCUAAAAUGUUCCACAAUAUGGCGUUGGCUUGGCUAUUGCGCAUUUAUGUGAUUAUUGGAAUUUUAUUGUCCAUACUGUGGAACAUUCCUAGCAAAGAAAUCACAUUUCCAUGGGAAAAACAAAGGUCACAAACUCUUGACCAGAAAUGUUACACAGUACAUCUUUAAAGUUAAGGCUAUUCACCUAACACAUUAAAGUAAUAGUUAAUACAGAUUACACCCAGAAUGAUGAAAAAUUAGGACAGUUGCUGUAGCGAUGGACCAUUUAAAACUAUAUCUUUUGAAAAUGUACAAGUUUUUUUUCUUGUUGUUGUUGUUUUAAGAAGAGUUUAAGAUGUGCUGAUAAACAUUGAAUCAGGAAUUCAUCUUGCAUACUGCUGUACUUUUCCAGAUAAGAUCUUUUCAAAGUUAAAUAUGAGGUAAUGGGAAGUUAUGUCAUCAUUAUGAGAUUUAAAUGUUCAUCAGGAUAGACAUCAAAGAGGGGGUAUUGUUUUUUAAGCUUUCUACCAUGUUAUAAUUUAGUUCCCUCAUCAAAUAUAUGUCGGAAGAGGUUUUGGAUGGCAUGCAUACAUGUUUCAGUAUUUUAGCGAUCUCAUCACAGACCUAUUUGAACGCGCUUUAAGGUUAACUGUAAGAGUCUGUCCAAUGCUUCAUCCUCUAGCCUACUUCAUCUAUGCUCCCACAUAGAAAUUCUCCAUAAAUAUACAAAAACAUGAUAUAAAACUGUACACAACAACUUGACAAACUUGAUGCGAUGUGCAGUAGUGUCAUUCUGCAAGUGCUGAUAGUGUGAUAGCGCUCUGAAGGGGGAGUGACUUAACAUGUAGAGCAAAGGGAAGAAUCCUGUUAAUGCGUUGUUUUCUAUAAAUAUAACAUUUUCAAAAUAAUAAAAGCUAACAUGGUGAUCUAAAUACGUCAUGUGUUAGCAGUCAAUACCCCCUCUUUAAAAUUUGUGCAUACAUGUGAGAUUUUUGUAUGAUAAUUUACAAAGGCUAAAAACUGAUAGGGGCAUAUGCUGUUAUGACUUCAAAUAUUUUGGUGCUGCUUAUUGGCUACACAAAUCUUGCAAUGAUGACAUCACAACCUCCGGGAAGCAAGUUUGUUUUGUUCAUAGUUAAUGUUUGGACUCCAACUACAUCUUAGUGACACAAUGUACUAUUUGUUUAAACAUUUCUGUAAAAUAUUAAGACUUGAUUCAAUUCAUUUUUUCGCAUUUUGAACAUUUUCUAUUUAAACAAGACUGGAAUGACUUAGACUUUAAAAAAAAAAAGAAAACCAAAAAUAGUUUUCUUGUUUUUUUUUUUAAGACCAAUUUAUACUCUAAUUGAAAUCUAAAAAGAAUUGAACCGAAUUUAACUAGUACAACAAUACAUAUUACUUACUAUGUUAUAUUUUGCGACCUCUCCCUGAUGCAUGCACUCAGGCCGACCCUACACACAAACACAACUGGUCUUUUAUUUCAGAGUGGUCAAAUACAUAUGUUGAAUUUGCCUUAAACACAUAGAAACCAAGAUUUUCAUUCAAUAAAUACAUUCAUUGUUACUAUUUAAUAUAAGCAGUGGUAUGCGAUGUGUCAAAAAACAAAAAGACAUUGUAAGAAAGGUAACUAAAACUUCCCCAAUCCCCUUUCCCUUUAGUUUUGUUUUCAACUCAGAAAUGUGUGUUUAUUUAAAUAUAUUUUUUGCAAGUCACUGAAAAUGUAUAAUUUGAAUAACCUGAACAGCCAAAGAAGUUGUAUGUACAAAUAGUUGGUUUGGGCAUUUGGUUAAGUAUUAAAAAAAGUACUGGGUGAAACAGUUCAUUUUGGUCAUUGCCAGAGAUGUCAACUCCAGCCACUUUAGGGCCCAGUACAGAAAGCAAACAAGUUUAGUCUGUGGAAUUAAUAUGAUAUGCAAUUGAAUAAAUAAUAAGUUGCAUGAAAGAAGUUUAAACCAACCUACUAAAAAAAUUGAUCUGGCUGUCCAAGUUGAACUGCAUACAGGGAUGAAUAUGAAUUUGUAAGCAUCAUUUUAGCUACAAAAUUAAUCUAAUUUCAGUGAUUUGCAAAGAAGUUUUUUUGUUUUGUAUCUCUGGGUUGUUAGAAGGAAGAGAUUUCUGUCCACCUCUGGCACUGUCCCAUUCUAAGUGUUUUUUUUUAUUUUUAUUCACGUUAUGUAUUUAGAACUUAAACCAAUUUAUCAUGUCUUUAAUCUUCUAUUGUGAUCAAACUGAUUUUUAUGUCUUAAAGGUUCUAUAUUACACAUAAAGAAUUCUUGUGAGCUUUAAGCCAUGUUAUAAUGCUGUUACCUCGUCAAAAACAUACCCAGAGUUGUGCUUUGUUUCAUUCACGCAAGUUUGAGUAAUCCUUUAUUAUUAGUCUGUCUACAUCUCCAAAGCUCAAAAUGCUCUGUUCAAGUUAACAGCUGCCUCUUACCUUUAGUUCAGAAGAGAUUGGCAACUCCAGGGCUGAAAUUAUCGAAAUGGUUUCAGUUAAGGUGCAUUUUUAAAACCACAGUGGAGCCCUUUGUGUAUUACAACAUGACAUCAUGAAAUGGAAUAGAGUGUUUCUGUUUGAGAGAAGAACUCAGUCUAAAUAUGCAGGAUUUGUGUUUUAAAAAUGUGUGAAUGAAACAAAACACAACUCUGGGUAUGUUUCUGGGGAAACAACAUAACAUAGAACAGAAAAUAGCGUAAUAUGGGCCUUUAAAUAAAUCCACUUUUGAUGGGAUAGAGUUGCUAAUGCCAGAUGUGGACCGUGUCUCAUAGAUAUAAAAUUAUAUAGACAAUCUGAACCUGCUCACUCCAAUUCUACUUUCUUAUAAAAAAUCUUUCUGCAUUAUCUGGACAGACGCCUCUGUGUCAUCUGAUACUAUAAUAUACAAGUUAAAUGUUUGAUUUCUAAGUGUAUUUGUUACAUUUUAAACUCGUCUAUUUGCUCUGUACUGUUGUUGAGGGUGGGCAGGAUUCAGAAACCUCUAAUAAACAUAUAUUUUCUUUUCA